UGAACAAACAAUAAAAUUAGUUCAAAUAAAUACAAGGAAGCCAUGACUUUGUCUUUACAUAAUGAAGCGGCAUUAUGAAGAUCCAUCCCUUGACCUUGUCGGCCGUUCUGCUGCUGAACGCCGUAUGGAUCGUUUUUAUAACCACCAAAGAUCAAUUCUACGGAAGACAGGCUCAUCAUCUGCAUUUGACACUAAAGCGCGUGAACAAAAAGACUUACCGUUCCAAUCAAACAAUCUGUCCAGUCCGACUUCUGCAAAAGCUGUAGAAACUGACUCCACGUCGCGCAGAAGUGUGAGUGGUAUUCUUUUGGAUUUAUCGCAGCGUCAUUUACGCGAUCGCAAGCGGUUUUCUAAAAGUUUGAAUCUUUUAACAAAGUUAUGUAAGGGUUACUUGGAUGACAAGGAUAAUGUCGAAUACACUGAAGUAUCUCUGUCUGAUUUCCUUAAAGUUUUUUAUAUAACAGACCAUAUUUUUGUAUCGGAAUUCAGUGGUGACGUGCCUAAGGAUAGCAUUGACGUUAAGGAAGCAUGUGCGAACUUUGUUAGCUCUGUAGUGGAUCGUUUGUUAACAUGGGAUUUAACACCUUAUGAGAAGGGAUUGUUACACGUCCUCAAGCUAGACCUUGGAUAUACAACUUCGCUAUGGUAUGAGAAUGAUUCAUUUCGUUUUCACGCCAUCCUCUCUCAACUUGAUCCUUAUUUUACCAAUUUCCAAUCAGUUGAUACACAUCCAAGCUCACUAAAGGAAGAGCGGGCGAUCGGUAAUCCCAAACCACGAAAUGACGAACAAUAUUUUGGGGACGUGAAUGAAUCAACUGACCAACCAUCAGAGUCUUCGGAGCGUGCGGUAACUACCCAUCAUGACGUAACGUCAGUAACCAUUCCACAAAACAAGGAUGGCGGGACGCUAUUGGAUACUAAAAAGCUAGAUAGUAAUGAUGAAUCGCAAGAGGAAAAUGCAGAUCGGCACUCAAGCAUUUCUAGUUACGGAGAAAAUGCGGCGAUUGAGAUAAAUACUGCAGAAAGCCCUGAAGGUGGUAUUCGAGGUUUACCGGAUAUACCCAGUCUUACUGAGUUACUUGAAUUACAAAAACGUGCAUAUUGUCGCGUUAUGCAGGUAAUAUAUACUUUCUUUACAUUUCCAUGGGCAAAAGUAUCCAUAGAGUCGUUAUUUCAGCGUGUAUAUUUGCAACGACAUCUUUUUUGCGGGACUGACCAGAAGCGCAUCACUGAAUGGCAGCAUCACAUCAAGGCGUCCAAGGGGAAGUCGUACAAAGGUGGACCUAUUGCACGUGCCAUUGGGGAAUCUACCUUUGAACUCAAGGACGCUCGUGAUGAGAAGCUCGUUUGCGUCCACGGAUCACAAGUAUGGAGCAAUCGCCAAUUUGGCAUAUAGUUACAAUAUUCAGU